GGCGGGGUUAUACUGAUCACCACGGGGAAGAAGUUUCUCCGAGCCGGCUUUAAAGGAUUAGAGUAGAGCGGGCGGUUUAGACAUUGUGUCCGCAGGCGCUCGGAUAAGAGUUACAGAGUGGUGGUAGUUUAGCAGCAUGACUUCAACCAGUACUUUUCAGGGUUUGGAGAACCGACCCAACUCCAGCCGAGUGCUUAAACCACCCGGUGGUGGCUCUAGCAACAUAUUUAGUGCCCUUGAAGAACCAGCCAGCAAACCUCACAAGAUGGCAUCUAAUAUUUUUGGACCACCAGAAGAAAUCUCUGUGCCAAAAAGAUCCAAUCCUCCAGGUGGAAAAGACAGUGGGAUUUUCAGUGAACCCAGUCCUGUUCCUUCCCAGCAAAGCACCAUUCCAGCUGGUGGGAGAAGUACUGAGGUCUUUGGGGAGCCGGCUCCUCCCACUGCAGUUCGUACUCACCCAAACAAACCAAAGCAGGAUGCCAACAUAUUCUCUGCAUAUGAAGAAAAUGAAGUGAAAGAGCAAGGAGAACAAGAGAGUGAAAAGAAGGAAGAAGAGAAACCAAAGGAGCCUACAGUGGAUGAUCAUGAACCUCAUCUGGGUCCACGCCCACGAUCCCACAACAAGGUCACUCAGCCUCCUGGUGGUAAAUCCACGCUUUCAUUGUUCUAGGGAUUCUCCAUGCCCUGUGAAUCCACUCCAGCUUUCCAAAAUUCUGUUUGGAACACAGCGUCACCUUGUGUACACUUGUGCCCAGAAUAUUUGCUGAAUGGCAUUUGAUUUGCAUAGCAUUUUCCUUGUCUUUUCUCUUUCAAAGAAAGGUGUUCCCACCCUUCCCCCCCCCCCCCCACCAAAGUAGCUGCUCAUUUAAUUUCAACCAGAAUUUUCUGGCCUAUUGUUUCUGAAGUAUUCUAAAACUUAAAUUUGUACCUUCUGCAAAUGUGAUUUAUUUGUAUUAAAGUUGUUCUCCAGAUAAGAUAUUGAUAACUACUGUAUGUUGAGCCUCAAGGUUAUACAUGUCCUCUACCUGUUCUUUUAAUGGUUACAUUUAUUGGGUUCUAACUGGUUACAUACUGAUCAAAUGCAUAUAAAUCAUGUAACAAUAGGCCUUUGUUCACCAAGAUUGCAAGGCUGUGCGAAAUCUAGAUUGUUUUCAUAAGAUUAAUUGGCAUGAUUAACAUUGUAAGCAACUUAGUUUGUCUCUAAACUGUUGUGAAUACAGUUUAAAUACUCCUGCUAAUCAUGCAUGUAAACUGGAAGAUUUAGUUCUGAAAUAUUUAUUCCUGCAACAGGUUGGAAAAAAUCUUUGUCUGCUUUGCCAUGGUUUCUUUUGAAGUAUUUAUAAUUAUACAGGAUAUUCUGAAAUGACCGCCACAUCUGUACAGAAGUUAAUGAUGUGCUGAAAGAUUGUUAUAUUGAUCCUGUUUACUUUUCCAAAUAGUCUUGAUGGUACAAAUGUAUUAAAGAUGUUAUUUCUCUUCCAUCCAAAACUCAAUAAUUUGUCAUGCUCCUAUUAGUGCCAAUGAGGUCAGCUGCAGCAGAGUUUGGGAUACUUUAACUCACUCAAGUUGUGUGCUCAUGGUAUGUUAGUUAUUGCUAAUGAAAGAGCUGUUUUUGUAUUUUGAAUUCAGCCAUCUGUAAGGUGCAGAUAACUGGAUGGCAGUGGCCAAGAAAAAGAUUACCUCAAUAAAAAUUGUAUUUUUC